CGCAGUAGCCGUGGUUCCGUCUUCUCGAACGAGACUGCGGCGACCUCAGUCCACACGUUACCACCGUUGCAGAGCAAAGGCCACGAAAACGGAGACGCGACAUACCUGGAACCAGUGAUGGAAGACGAUCCAGCCUCGUGGGAUCUAGUCGUACCUUCUCAAGGAGAUCAGGAGGUGGGACUGUAUGCGCUCGAGCAGCGUUCCGAUCAACUGUUCAGCGCUGAGCAUCUUCGGACCGUGUUUGAAGACCCGAAGCUUCUGCUCAAAUUCACAGGCUUCCUGAACUCACACCGACCACAAAGCAUUCCGAUCUUGAUAUAUUAUCUCGAUGCCCUAAAGGCGCUUCGCGCGAUCAGUUAUGCCAAUGCAAUCACCGAAGCACUGGAGCCCAUCAAAGGACAAGAAUUCACAGAAGAAAUCGUGAAACCAACCAACAACAGCACACUGGAAGAAAAGGCGAAUCGGGCUUUUGAAGUCUUGGUACAAGAAGAUCUGCCUGCAUAUGUGGCACAUACAUGGGUACAAGUCGUCAGUGUCAGCGUUCAAAGGAGAAUCACGGGCACGCUAGCGCCUCAUCUUCGGGAAGCAAGUGAAGGUCUGGCAGAAGUAUUUUGCUUGACAGACCCAAGUCGCACGGACAACCCCAUCGUUUUUGCUUCUGAAGAAUUCACAAGAACCACUCAGUACGGCAUGAACUACACAAUGGGAAGGAACUGUCGUUUCUUGCAAGGCCCAAGGACAAAUCCACAUUCUGUCAGGCGACUGGCGAUGGCUACAGCAGCCGGAAGGGAACACACAGAAGUCUUCCUCAACUAUCGACGAGACGGCAGUCCUUUCAUGAAUCUACUCAUGAUUGCGCCCCUGCUGGACAGCCGCGGCAAUGUCAGAUAUUUCAUCGGUGCGCAGGUCGAUGUCUCUGGACUGAUCAAGGACUGCAGCGAAAUGGAAGGACUCGCCAGAUUGGUAGAGAAGACACAAAACGCCAAAUACGCCAAUGGGUAUGACGGUGAGGAAAGCCAGCGUAAAGACGAAUUCCAAGAACUCAGCGAGAUGUUCAAUGGAGCCGAACUUGACACUGUCCGCAGAUUCGGGGGAAGGAUGCACAAGGAAUACGUCGAUGAUAGCGAUAAAGAAAGUGUGCGUAAUCAGCCGCGACUGGUCCUCAAGGAUCCGAGCGGAGAACUGUUGGACCAAGAGAGACACUCGUUGCCAUCAGUGAGCGCUGCUUCCGCCAUCAAGGAGCGCCUCAAUGGUAAGCUCGAGGGCGUUUACCAACACUAUCUCUUGAUCCGGCCGGCACCAUCGCUCCGCAUCCUCUUCACAUCUCCAUCACUUCGUGUGCCUGGCAUUCUGCAGUCGCCAUUCUUGAAUCGAAUUGGCGGCAGCAGUCGAGUGCGCGCCGAUCUUGGAGCAGCGCUCGCUGAAGGACGAGGCGUAACAGCCAAGGUUCGAUGGCUGUCUCGACCUGAUGACGAUGGCGAAGGAGAAGGCCGUCCACGGUGGAUUCACUGCACGCCUCUGCUUGGCCAUUCUGGUGCUGUGGGUGUUUGGAUGAUCGUCCUCGUCGACGAAGAAGGCGCAAUGACUGGCACCACACCUGGGCGACGAUUUAGGCAAGCACCGCCAGUUGCGUCGAUCAUUGGGGGCAAAGAGUGGGAUGCUUCUCACUCAGGAGAACGGAGCAAGAACCCCAACUCCUUCGACAAGCAAAAU